AGAGUUUAGUUAAAUUUAGUAAAUUCAAUUCAAUUCAACGGUCACGCUGGUCGUGAUCGUACGAGUCGUGACUUCAAUUAAAAUUCUUUGUGACUUGAUAAGUUUAUUCGUUCGUAUAAUGGAGUCGGAUAAAGAGAAUAUAAACAGAUUGAAGGGGACAACAAGAAUCCCGUUACCUGUCCAACCUUUGCCAGCCUUGCCCAAACAUUUGGUGGAGAGCAACAAACGUAUGAAUAAGGACAUCAACGAAAGAUAUCCAUUGAAAACGUUGAAUACACAAGCAUUGGCUUUACCCGGGCCAAGCCGGAGGUUCGUUACUGACAGACCUAGAAUCCCAAUGUUUGAUCAUAAACACGUCACAUUAAGGCAAAGAGUGGAAGAACUGGACUGGGAGUAUAAAGUGUUUAAAGACGACCGAGCUGAUGAUGAUCAGGUUAUCUUGAUUAGUGAUGAUGAAGACGUUAGCAGGGCAGAUGAGUUUAAGUAUUUUAUUGAGAAUAAGGACAGAAAUUGUCUGGGUGAGGCCAGGGCUGCUGUGACGCCCGCAGUGAAGUCGCCCUCCUUGGAGCCUAAUAGGGUUAGAAAUAUAAAAAGAAGUCUAAAGAGGCCACAUAGCAGGGAGUUGCAGGGCCUGUCUCCAGUGUGUAAGGAACAAAAGAAAGUAGAUGAGAAGGUCAGACGUCGGCUACAAUUCCACGAGCCGCUGCAGGAACGGCUGUCUUCACCAGAUUUCUUGAAAAAGUCGUACAUGACCUCAUUAUGUCGGGACUAUGCCAACGACUUGUUCUUGUACUUGCUGGAGGCGGAGAAGAAGUGUGCUCCACCCAGGAUAUCCAGCGUCAUGCGGGCUUGUGUCAUCAACUGGCUGAUGAAGGUCAACGGUCCCGACGGAAACCCAGCAAUCAUCCAAACCGCAGCUUGGUACUUGGAUUCAGUCUUGCACGCUGGCCAAGUCCAAGUGGACAAGCUCCAGCUGAUCGCAGCUGCGUGCUACUGGAUAGCACACAAACUGCACGGCUCAGGAUUGUCAGCUAGCAGACUUGUCAGAUACUCCAACCAAGCGUUCUCUCCUGAGAGGCUUCUAGCAGCUGAGAAAGCUAUUCUGGAGAGGCUGAAAUUCCCUGCCCAACCAGUGGUACCGCAAGAAUUCAUCACCUACCUCGCCUGGUGGUGUGACAACGGCCACCCCGGUGAGAUCGAGGUAGCUGCCACCUUCAUCUGCAUGUCAGGGACCAUGGUGGACAAGAGUCUUUGCUCUGAAUGCCCUUCUGUCAUCGGAGCUGCGGCUGUCAGGAACGCCCUUCUUCUCCUGAGGAAGAGGGAUCUGAUGAUCAAUCUGCAGAUGUGUCCAGUUUUCAGAGCAGCCGAGAAGAAAGCAACCAACAUCUCAUACACCUGCUCCAUACUACGCCGAGCGGUACGCACAGUGGCGUCACCUACUUACGAGUACCGAACCCCAUUUGAACACUACGGAACCCCGCCGCACUACAUCGCGCAAAGGGUUAUCAACGCGGCCAACGAACUGUCAGUCAUGGAUGCUAGGAAUACCUGUAGACAGAACGUAUUUUAAAGAUUUUAAACCAUAUACUGUUGGAAUUACAGCUUAGAACUACUUGCACUGUCUAGGAUUAGCGUCUUCAUAGAAAUCAUAGAUGUAAAGUGUUAUUAUGGAAUUAUUUAGUUCUUAUUCUGAAACAAGACUCAUCUUUCAAAAAAUCUCGAUUUUAUGUUAGGAAUUAACUAACUUGAAAUCUAGAUUUGGAUUCAGAAUACAUAACAGGCCCAGUAAUAUUUUAAAAUAGUAUGAGCUUGUAGGGCGAGCAUUCCAAGAAUGUGACUGUUCAGGUUCACUCACUCGUAUUCAUUUUGAGCUAGAUUAAGCUAAUCCUAUAAUUGAGCAAGUAGACUUUACACUCAAAGUCAUAAUAUUCACAAAUCUGAGUCAUUAUUUAUUUAGCACUUUGACCUAAUUUAUUUUUAGUAACAUUUGACAUUUUAGAAGAAUGGAUGAAUGUACCUAGUUUAAUUUAUUGACUCAUAUUUAUGACAUUUUGUAACUGUGACUUGAAGCUGUUGAUGUUAUGUAGCGAUUCACUAAUAAACAAGUAACUAUAA